AUGGUGACCAUAUGCCUGUGCCUCGCCGGGGUCGUCGGCGCGACGGACCUGCUGCGGGAAGGCCGCGAGCGCGCCGAGAGAUACGCCCGCUGCGACCGCCCCCGCGCGGAAUACCGCAAGUACGAGGCGAUGACCGCGGGCUUCGGCCGCUCGGCGCCGAGCUGGACGGCGCAGAAGCUCCUGUCGGCGGGGGGCGCCGUCUACGUCAAGAACCAGAAGUCGGGCACGCACUUCGUCGAGUCGCUCCUCGGCGGCCCCGGCGCGCGCUGGUACUACCAAAAGUUCCGCAACGCGGACCCGGCGGCGGCCUGGUUCGCCAACGCCCGCUUCGAGCGCGAGGCGAGCCGCGACCCGCGGUCCGCGGCCCUGGGCUGCGACGCGCGCGCGCCGCCGCCCGCCGUCUUCACCGUCGUCCGCGACCCCUUCGAGUCCUUCGCGUCCGCGUUCCUCGAGGCGAUGUGCGUGGAGCGCGACGGCCGGGGCACGUUCGCCGGCAACCGCAAGCCCGAGUUCGCCGCCUUCGCGGCGCCGCCGCGCUCGGGCGAGGGGCCGUCGAUGACCAUGUCGCACGACAACGCGACGCGGCUCUUCGAGCAGCAGGCGCACCGCGUCGACGCGGCGCCGCCCGGCUGCGGCGGCCUGCGCUUCAUCUUCGCGCUCGAGACCGCCGGCGACGCGAUCGCGCAACCAAAAUUAGAUCAGUAG